AUGGAUAAUAGAAGCUUAAGGCAAUUGACUGCACCUGAUGUUAAGUAUCAGUCUUUUUGCAUUCGUUAUCUUGAUACUGGUUUUAAACUUAAGUCUGGUCUUAUCCAUUUGCUCCCCAAGUUUCAUGGUCUUGCAGGUGAAGAUCCAUAUAAGUAUUUGAAAGAGUUUCAUGUAGUCUGCAACGUAAUGAAACCACAAGGAGUUGAUGAGGAACAGGUCAAACUGAGAGCCUUUCCUUUUUCCCUCGAUGGAGGAGCUAAGGAUUGGCUGUACUACCUUCAGCCUUCAUCUAUCGAGACUUGGAAUGACAUGGCCAGAUUGUUUUUGGAGAAGUUUUUUCCGUCCUCAAGAGCCACUUCAAUCAGAAAGGAGAUAAGUGGCAUAAAACAAGCAAAUGAGGAAAACUUGCAUGAGUACUGGGAGCGGAACCUGAUUGAUGCUGCCAGUGGAGGAGUUCUUGUUAACAAAACACCCAAUGAAGCUAAGGCGUUGAUCUCAAACAUGGCUGCAAAUGCUCAACAGUUUGGAACGAGAGCCAAUAGCAGUGUUAUUUACCAGGUGCAAGAAACUCCGGCUCAGCCUUCAGCAGUGGCAUCAAGUGCUGACAAUCAGCGAAUUGAAAAUAGACUUGAUGAAUUGGCAACCAUGGUGAGACAGUUGCCAGUUACCCAGACAGUCCAGACUUCUGCUCCACAGUUCGACAAUCCAUGUGGCAUAUGCAGUGACCCUUUUAGCCCCACUGAUGCUUGCCCUUCUCUACAAGAGGGCUCCAUUCCUGCAGACCAGUCAGUAGCUGCAGUCUUUCCUGGGAAACCACAGUUCCAGCAGCAGCAGAAUAAUCCAUUCUCCAACACUUACAAUCCUGGCUGGAAGAAUCAUCCCAACCUCAAAUGGAACCAGAAUCAGCAAAAUGUUCCAUAUCAGCAGAGUCAACAAAAUUUUCCAUACCAACAGAAGCAGCAGUUCAUUCCACAGCAGAGACAAAACUUCCAGCAACCUGCUCCUCAACAGUUGCAACAACAACCACCAGUGCAGCAACAAAACAGUGGCAGUGGUCCUUCUUUGGAGGACUUAAUGAAACAGAUGGCCACCAACAAUCUGGAGUUUCAACAGAGGACAUAA